UUUCUAGUCGAGUGGUCAUCAAUUAAUGGUCGGGUUUACGUUUGUGGGGUUUGAGACAAGUUCGUUCUUCGGGAGCUGGACGCGAUUUCUGCCCGUUCCACGAUUUGAUUCGGCCCUGUUUCGCCUCCGAUGGCCGGCCAAAUUCCGAAAUGUCAAACGCCAACUUCAACAACAACAACGGAGCUCAGAAAAUCCGAUUGACAAUACUGGGCGCCUGCAAACUCAGAAGAGAAUUUUUUCGUCUUCCUGAUACGUUUGCAAAGAUUAGUGUAGAUGGGUCAGGGCAGUGCCAUUCAACAGAUACAUGCAAAGGCACUCUUGACCCACAGUGGAAUCAGUAUUACGACUUAUACAUUAGCAAGAAUGAUAGGAUCACGAUUAGCGUAUGGAACCAUAGGAAGAUACACAAGAAGGACCGAGGGGGGUAUCUUGGAAGCGUCCAGAUCACAUCUAACGCCAUACAACGACUCAAAGACACCGGAUAUCAGAAACUUGAGUUGUUAAAUUUGUUACUUCCGUCGUAUUAUUGCGUAAGGGGGCAUAUUGUGAUAUCGCUUCUAUCAUGGAGUUGUGGCCGCAACUCGCCACUCAGAGAACAGUGUUCCCCUUCUUCUUCAGUGUCGCCGCAUACCAACGAAAGUUCCCAGGAAUUGCCAUCGGGAUGGGAGGAAAGGAGGACACCCGAGGGGAGGUUGUUUUACGUUAAUCAUAGGACUGAAACGACCCAAUGGACAUUACCAACAGCUGAACGAUCUGGAGGAAGUAAUAGCACAAAUACAAAUGGAAGAAAUGAAACACCGUCAUCAACUAACAAUCGUAGAGAAAGCCUGAACACGAGUUCGGAUUCAUGCCUACCAGGUCUGCCACCAUCUCAAGCUCGAAGAAGAUCUACAAAAACAAGGAGUAGCCAGGGAAGCCGACACAAUAUCCAACAACCUUCUGACCUCCCCUCAGGAUACGAAAUAAGAACUACCGAACAAGGACAAGUGUAUUUCUACCAUGUUGCGACUGGAGUCUCGUCCUGGCAUGAUCCAAGGGUGCCGAGAGGCUUGGAUACUGAAGCGGUCGGAGAGCAUUUAGGCUCCCUACCGCCUGGGUGGGAGGCGAGACAUACACCUUCUGGAAGGGUUUAUUAUGUCGACCACAACAAAAGGACAACCCAGUUCACCCAUCCCGCACUUUCAACGUUCUUACGUGCAGGAGGAAGUGGACUUAACGGCCACGCUACUAAUACUAUGACUGCAGAAAAUCCUCAACCCAACGGAGAACAAGAGGCUAAUGCUAACAAAGAAAACGUAAAAGAACCCGAGGGCGAGCCGCUUCCUAAAUACAGGAGAGACCUCGUUGCAAAACAAAAAAUACUCAGAGUAGAACUCGGCACUCUCCAGCCUCAAAGCGGGCACUGUAGACUUGAAGUUUCAAGGCAGGAAAUAUUUGAGGAAUCAUACCGACUUGUUAUGAAAAUGCGGGCAAAGGAUCUUCGUAAACGACUGAUGGUUAAGUUUAGAGGGGAAGAAGGUCUGGAUUACGGCGGCGUGGCACGUGAAUGGCUCUACCUCCUCUCUCACGAAAUGCUCAAUCCACAAUACGGUCUAUUCCAGUACUCGACCGAAUCGACCUACACCCUUCAAAUAAACCCCGACUCAGGUGUCAAUCCCGAGCAUUUGUCAUAUUUUCAUUUUGUGGGAAGGAUUAUUGGAAUUGCCGUUUUCCACGGGCACUACAUCGAUGGUGGUUUCACUACGCCUUUUUACAAAAUGCUGUUGAAUAAACCUAUAAACCUGGACGAUAUAGAAAGCGUUGAUCAGGAACUGCAUAGGAGUCUCACAUGGAUACUAGAAAAUGACAUAACAAAUGUCAUCGAUACAACAUUCGCCGUCGAAUUCAACAGCUUCGGUGUUCUAAAAGUCCACGAGUUAAAGACUGGAGGGAAAGACAUCCAGCUGACCGAGGACAACAAAAAGGAAUACGUCAAGCUGUACGUGAACUAUAGGUUCAUGCGCGGCAUUGAACAGCAAUUUUUAGCCCUGCAAAAGGGAUUCACCGAACUUAUCCCGCUCCAUUUGCUCAAAACAUUCGACGAAAAUGAACUCGAACUCAUUAUUGGUGGGCUCGGCACAAUAGAUAUCGCCGACUGGAAGGAAAACACAAGACUGAAGCAUUGCACUUCGACAACUCCAGUGGUCGUCUGGUUUUGGGAGAUAGUGGAGUCGUUUAGUGAAGAAAUGAGAGCGAGGCUGCUGCAAUUUGUAACUGGGAGCUCUAGGGUACCUCUCCAGGGAUUUAAAUCAUUACAAGGCUCUACCGGGGCUUCUGGGCCAAGGCUGUUUACAAUCCACGUGACAGACGCCCCGCAGGAAAAUCUGCCAAAGGCGCACACGUGUUUCAACAGGAUCGACCUCCCGGCGUACAAGACUUACAACAAAUUGUACGACAAGCUCUGCCAGGCUGUCGAGGAGACAUGCGGAUUCGCAGUUGAGUGAUCUGAAGGGGAAAAAGAGGGUAAAAAGCUCAAAGAACCAGAAAAUUGGUAAAGAAGGUUUUUAUUUUUCUGCUUUUUUCUUUCAUUCUCACUCUCUGCCUCUAAGUUAUUCAUUUAUUUUAUUUCAA